UUUUUAUUUGGUUUGCUGACAAUAGCCUGUUUAAAAAAUUAAAAUAUACAUCAUCUAGAAAAUAACUGUUUACUUCAUAUAAGCAUUUGUAAUGGUUCUUUGUAUAAGUGAUCCGAAAGUACGCGUCCUGACAGUAACUUAGCAAGGCGGUGAAAUGUACAAAAAUUUGCAGUAAUACCCGUUUGUCCGCCAAAUUCUAAAAUAUAUCGACUAUUUCAUUAUUAACCAUCUUUUUAUGGAAACACCUCAAAGUUAAUCGUAGCGGCAAUACAAUAUGACGGCCGUACCGGGACGUGCUCUACAUUAUGUUUUUAAGAUUGGUGAUCGCAGUAAGAAUUCGUUCUUCUUUCGAACAAUUCUGGGAAUGCAGGUCUUGAGGCAUGAGGAGUUCAAGGAAGGCUGCGAUGCUGAAUGUAAUGGACCUUACGAUAAUCGCUGGAGCAAGACCAUGGUUGGCUAUGGACCGGAGAAGUCGCAUUUUGUCAUUGAGUUAACUUACAACUAUGGCGUGAAAAGCUACACGUUGGGCAAUGACUUUGGCGGCAUCACCAUUAAGUCCAAGGAUAUAUUACCGCGUGCCUCCGAGUUUGCGUAUCCUAUUACCAAGCAGGGCGAUAAAAGUGUGCUAACCUCGCCAGAUGGCUAUAAGUUUUACAUAGAUGACGCAUCGAGCGGCAGUGAUCCAAUGGAGCAGGUUGAGCUGCAUGUGACUGCAUUGAAAGAGUCACGCGCGUUCUGGGUCGACAUUCUCAAAAUGCAGGUGCUAAAUGAGAGCCAGGAUUCCAUUGUACUCGCAUAUAACAAACAACAGACAGCUCUUCGCCUCACGGUACUUAAUGGGAAUCUGGAUCGCGCUAAGGCGUAUGGUCGCAUAGCUUUUGCGGUGCCUGCAGCUGUUCAGGAGCCGCUGUUCAAUGAAGUCAAGAAUGUGGGCGGGACCAUAUUGAAGCCAUUGAUAGCACUGGAAACACCCGGCAAGGCGACGGUGACGGUGCUAAUUUUGGCCGAUCCCAAUGGCCACGAGAUAUGCUUUGUUGAUGAGGAGGGCUUCUCGCAGCUGUCCGAAGUGGAGCCUAAUGCUGCCGCGCAACUGGACAAGUACAUUCGCAAAGAUCCAUUCCAAGACAAGACGCAGCAGUAAACUAACCAUCAACAGUCAGCAUUGGGCCCACUUAAGUAAUAUUAAUGAAAAUAUAUAGAUCAGACAAUUAAUAUUAUAUAUAUAUAUAAAUGUAUAUUUUCUUAAAUAAUGUAGACAAAGCUUAAGAAAAUGCAUAAUUUUAUUUAAGUGGGGCAAUUGUUA